AGAGUCUUGUGUUGUGUUGUAUUUAGUUGAGUUGUGUUGAAUCAUGUUGAGUUGUCUUAAGUUGUGUUGUGUUGUGUUAAGUUGAGGUUCUCAACAGAACGACUGAAGUACCAAAGAGUUUCACUAAUGAAUGUGUGUCCGGCUGGAAAACAACCCAACAAGUUGAACCAGAUAAACUGAAGAUGAUGUAAAAUGACAGAAAGUUGUGUUUCAUCUGCAGUAAUUUGAUGUACAGUGAGGAACUCGGGCAGAAACGGCCCAAAAAACCCCAAAAAUAUCCAAAAAGUGAAUAAAAUUUAAGUAUAAGACUGAAAGAAGAGUCCGUUAUCUGUAGAGCUCACUUCACUGCUGAACAUUAACACUGCGGGUGAGGAAAACCCGCCUGGAAAAGCACCACCUCUCGGGUUACUGAUUAGUAAAAUAAGACGAUUUUAAGUUUAUUCAGUCAAAAUAAUCAAACUAAUAUCAGUAUGUUUGAGCUGUAAAGAUCAGGAUUUUAGGCUGAAAGGUAUUUGGAUUAUAGAAAUGAAUAGAGCUGUUUAAUAGCUCAGUGUGAAGUUUCUAAUCUUCAGUAUUUACUGGGUUAUCGUUAGUUAGAUAAUACAUGUUAGAUAAUUAGAUGCCUGGUUAGCUCACCUAGAUAUGUGAUUGGUUUAGGUUCUGAUUUUGUGGGCGUGGUUUAACUAAAACAUUAGGAAUAAAUAAUAUUGUUUGUUUUGUUUCUUUGCAGCUCUUUAGAGAAUCAGAUCCCAGUACAGUCUGCACAGCACUAGUUAUUAUUAUUAUUAUUCUCCCACAAUCCCUGCAGAUUAAAAACAUCUUUAGAAUGUAAAGAAGCAGAGCGGUUUAACAGCGCAUCUUUCUGUUUUUUCCAUUAGUUUGCUUGAAUUAAUUCAUUGUAAAGUAAAUGAAUUAUGUGAGUCAUUUUUAAUUCAGGUUUUGAAUAAUGUGAAUUCUUCCGGAGGUCCUUCAGGUGCUGAUUAGUGUUUAAAGCCCUGAGUAAAUAAGUUCUCUGAGGGCCGAGAGUAAACAGAGUGAUGCUGAAACGCCAGCGUGUCGUUCAGACUUCAGGACCAUCAGAGCGGCGCUGUGGAGGAAACAGAUCUACAGGACCUUCUCUGAUCAGCAGGACGUGAUGAUCUGAAGCUCCGGAGAAACAGAAAGAUGAUGAGUUCUGCAGUGAAAGCGCCUCGUCCGGUUCUGACGGUUCUCCUGGUUCUGCUGGGUUUAGGAGGCGUUUUCUACGUUUACUUCCUCUCCAGUUCGGAUCACAGCUGGGAGGAGAAGAUCUCAGGAUCUGCAGAAACAAAAACCCCGGAUCCUCCGAGCAGAAGAUCAGACAGAGACACGGUGGUUCUGAUCUGGGCGUGGCCUUUCGGACGCUCGUUUAAACAGAGGUCCUGCGGCUCCAUGUACAACAUCAGCCGCUGUUACGUGACGGAUGAUCGAGGUCUGUAUGAAGACGCUGACGCCGUGAUGUUUCACCAUAAAGAGGUUCAGAAAAACCUGCUCAGCCUGCAGAACCUGCCACGUCCACCCAGGCAGAAAUGGGUGUGGAUGAACAUGGAAUCUCCAGCCAACUCUCUGAGACUGCAGGGCCCAGAUCACCUGUUCAACCUGACCUCCAGCUACCGCAGAGACUCGGACGUCUGGGUUCCGUACGGGUGGGUGCAGGAGGCGGGUGGAGGAGAACCGUCCUUCACAGUCCCAAACAAAGACAAAUUAGUCUGCUGGAUCGUCAAAAACUGGAAGGAGAACUUCCUAAGAGUGAAGUACUUCAGUGAGUUACAGAAACAUGUCCAUGUGGAGACUUACGGCGGACACUUCGGCAGGAACCUGAGCUACUGGGAUUAUUUUAAGACUCUGUCCACCUGCAAGUUCUACCUGUCGUUUGAGAACUCUGUUCAUAAAGACUACAUCACCGAGAAGCUCUUUAACCCGAUGAUAAUGGGCUCGGUUCCUGUGGUUCUCGGACCUUCCAGGGAGAACUACGAGGAGUUCAUACCAGCAGAUUCCUUCAUCCAUGUGGACGACUUUAAAACACCUAAAGAACUUGCAGAACAUCUCAAACUUCUGGACCAGAACCAGGAGAUGUACGAACGGUUCUUUACCUGGAGAAAACACUUUGUUGCGAGGCGUUCUGAUUUCGGUUUAGAACACGCCUGUCGUAUCUGUGAUCAUAUAAAACGAAACAAAGGUUACAGAGUUUUUAAAAAUCUUAAUAAGUGGUACUGGGGCUAAAUAGCUUAGCAUUAUAUCCCCACACUUCA